AAUAAUUACGGUUCCGGGAGGCGUGACCUUUAACCGGGAAGUUUUUGAAAGUAGCCGCACUAAGCAUACACAUGUUUAAGUUGACGAUGUGCAUGCGCGAGCGGUUAUAGCGUUACAUUCAUCAUGUCAUCUAAAAAGAAAAUUAAAAGGAAGUCCGAGAGAUUAAACAGCGGCGAGAACUCAAGUGUGUUAGCUGACAUUCGUGGUGAAUCUCCGAGACGAGACAGUUUGGGGACUGAGCGUGGGGACACCGCGACUUGCAAUGGUUCAUUCACAGUGAUCGACUUCAUUGACAAAGCUGAUGACAAGGUUCCCAAAAAAUGCCGGAGGUUUCUGGUCCAGCUCAGUUUAAACAGCAUGAAAUCUGCAAGUAUCUGCAUUGGACGUCCGGUUCUACUGUCAAGCGGGUCUGGCAAACAGGAGGUGUGUACAGCCUGGCCAACAGCUGCAUUCCCAGGAGGUAAAGCCGGCCUGCAGGCAACAACCCAGCGUAACCUAGGUGUGAAGUCCGGGGACCGGGUUUCCAUUGAGCCGCUGACAGGCCCUGUGCUGCAGGCUGAUGUGGUCCACCUCACCUCCAGGCAAAAUAUUGACACCCUCGAUUUAGAAGAGUUUUCAGACUUUGUUCUGCGGUCUGUAGACGGGAAAAUCAUUCUUCCAGGAAAUCUUCUGUCCCUCUACUUCUUUGGGCGACCAUGCAGUCUGAGGGUGGAUGCACUGACCGGGGUGGAUGGGGUUACCCUGGAGGGGGCUCCUCCUUGUGGGCCAGAAAGCGAGCCGCUGUGCUCAGAAAGUCUGGCUCUUGACCCUGAUGCUACAGAUGUGUCAUUGCAGCUGAGCAGUCUGAACAUUGAGGAUGCGGAUCCGGGCCCUAUCUUCAGCACGCCCAGCAAGCCUCAGUCCCCCUCCCUGGAUACAUAUGACAACGCCAACUCGUCUGAUAGUUCCCUGCCUGUGCCAGCCUCACCCACAGAACAAGCAGAGGGUGAUCGACCAUGUGAGGUGCCCCCUGGUGGUCGAGAGAGUCAUGACACAUUUUACUUCAUUUCCACACUGACCAAGAUCAGGUUCACAAAGCAGCCUGGACAGAGCGAGGAAGAUACCAGUGAGGCUCCUAAGGUCACCUACAGCAUGAUCGGGGGCCUCAGCAAUCAGUUGGACAUCAUCAGGGAGGCAAUCGAGCUUCCGUUGAAACAUCCAGAACUGUUCAAGAGUUAUGGAAUUCCCCCACCCAGGGGUGUACUGCUGUAUGGCCCUCCUGGGACAGGAAAGACCAUGAUUGGAAGAGCGAUAGCCAAUGAGGUCGGAGCUCACAUGACUGUAAUCAAUGGUCCUGAAAUCAUGAGCAAGUAUUAUGGAGAAACGGAGGCAAGGCUGAGACAGAUCUUUGCAGAAGCCUCUCAGAGGCGGCCGGCGAUCAUCUUCAUCGACGAACUGGACGCGCUGUUUCCGAAGCGGGAGGGGGCCCAGAACGAGGUGGAGAAGCGUGUGGUGGCUUCGCUCCUCACCCUCAUGGAUGGGAUUGGCUCAGAGGACCAUAAUGGGCAGCUGCUGGUCCUGGGGGCUACCAACCGUCCACACGCCCUGGACCCUGCCCUGAGGAGGCCCGGUCGCUUCGACAAGGAGCUGGAGGUGGGGGUGCCUGGGUCGGCUGGGAGGGCAGACAUUCUGCGGAAGCAGCUGAGCUGUGUGCCGUGCCGGCUAACUGAGGAAGAGCUGACUGCGCUGGCUGAUGCCGCUCAUGGCUACGUGGGGGCGGACCUGGCCGCCGUCUGCAAGGAGGCAGGUAUGCUUGCUCUGCGUCGGGUGCUGGGCGCCAACCCCCAUCUGCUGGAUGAUCAUGCGAUGGAUGUGGUGACCAUCACCCUGGAGGACCUCCAGCUGGCUAUGUCAGUGGUGAAGCCGAGCGCCAUGAGAGAAGUUGCCAUCGACGUGCCCAGGGUACAAUGGUCGGACAUCGGUGGAAUGGGCGACGUGAAGUUGAAACUGAAGCAGGCCGUGGACUGGCCCCUGAGGCACCCCGAGGCCUUUUCCCGCAUGGGCAUCCAGCCUCCCAAGGGAGUCCUCCUCUACGGACCCCCUGGGUGCUCAAAAACCAUGAUUGCCAAGGCUCUGGCCAAUGAGAGUGGACUCAACUUCCUAGCCAUCAAGGGUCCCGAAUUGCUUAGCAAGUAUGUGGGCGAGUCUGAGAGAGCAGUGAGAGAAGUCUUCAGGAAGGCCAGAGCUGUGGCACCCUCUAUCGUGUUCUUUGACGAGAUUGACGCCCUGGCCGUUGAGAGAGGAAGCUCUGCGGCCUCCGGAGGCGUGGCUGACCGGGUUCUGGCCCAGCUGCUGACGGAGAUGGACGGAAUCGAGCAGCUCCGAGACGUCACGGUCCUGGCAGCCACCAAUCGUCCGGAUAUGAUAGAUAAGGCCCUAAUGCGCCCAGGCCGGCUAGACCGCAUCAUCUAUGUCCCGCUGCCGGACGCAGCCACACGACGAGAGAUCUUCAGGCUCCAGUUCCGCAGCAUGCCCAUUGCCAACGACGUGAGCCUGGACGACCUGGUGAUCCGCACCAAGAAGUACUCUGGCGCUGAGAUAAGUGCUGUUUGCAGGGAGGCUGCACUCCUAGCCUUGCAGGAUGACAUCAAGGCCCAGAGCGUCACGGGAAGGCAUUUCGACGGCGCUCUUGCCGCGGUGAAGCCGAGGAUCCCGGACUCACUUAUCCAGUCGUACGUCCGCUACCAGGAGCAGAGCGGCUUGCACGUUCUCUGAUGUCUCGUGUGGAAGAGAAGAAGAAUCCAGAAACGGCACAUUUCAUAGUACAGCUCUCCUCAGGCUGCCCUUCUGCUCUAAAUCAGUUCACUUUCAGAGGCAGAAAAUGGCCUGCAUUUUGGCAGUUAGCAUUUGAGGAAGGAACUGCAAAGUUAUAUGCUGGCUGACUGACUCCCUCAACUGCCAGUAUAGCACAUUCAAGGGUGAAGAGCUGACUGGGAAAACCAAAGUGAAUACAAAUCAGAGAAUAUGCAUUCAUUUUCUGUUCCAUGUUUGUGUGCUCGUUUUAAAUAAAAAUAGGAUUUUUUCCAUGA